CGACGAGACAACCCACACUCCCAAAGAAGACCGUACAGAGCAAAGACCGCUCUACUCUUGUUCACCAACGACCUUGCCACACUUUUGAUCUAAGUAAAGCAAGGAACAAAGAUUCCAAUCAGAUUCCCACUACACCAUUGCCCACCACCCUCUUCUGGGCUCGCCUCGGCUUUCGAUCACCACCAUCACUACCACCUUCGCCACAAAACACACCACCUCCACUUCCUUCCCCGACUCCAGACCUCUCAAGAUGGCCGACCGCCAGCUGCAACAGAUCCUCAGCCAGCUGAAAUCCUCGCCCUCCUCCCUCAGCUACGCCGACGCCGCCUCCCUCCUCUCAAAAGCUAAGCUCCUCCUCCUCAAGCUCUCGGCCCUCUCGCCCUCCAGCCCGCCCCAGCCCCAGCCCAUCCUCGCCCUCGCCCGCGAGACCUACGAGCAGGGCGCCCUCUACAGCAUCCGCGCCCGCGACCCGGACGCCUUCACCCGCUAUGUCACCCAGCUCGCCCCCUUCUACGAGCUGCCCGCCGCCGUCCUGCCCCCGGCCCUGCCCGAGCGUAACAAGGUCACCGGCCUCUACCUGCUGCUCCUCCUCACGCAGGGCCGCUACGCCGAGUUUCACAGCGAGCUGGAGAGCCUGUCGACGCGCGAGGGCGGCGGUGGUAGUGUCGAUGUGGAGGGCGACCGCUUCCUUGGCUAUCCUAUCCGCCUGGAGCGGUGGCUGAUGGAGGGCAGCUAUGAUCGUGUCUGGAAGGCCAUGAAGAGCCGCGAGGUGCCUAGCGAGGAAUAUGCCGUCUUCUCAGAGAUCCUCACCUCCCAGAUCCGCUCCGAGAUCGCCUCCUCCAGCGAGCGCGCCUACCCCAGCCUCCCCAUCUCCUCAACAAAGUCCCUCCUCUUCCUCGACUCCGAGGGCGCGGUCAUCGACUUUGCCAAGUCGCGCGGUUGGAUCCUCCGGGACGGCAUGAUUUACUUCCCCAAGGAGACCGAGACCGCAGACGAGGAGCAGGACGACGCCGCGGCGGGCGGCGCCGGUGCUGGCAAGGAGGGGAUGAGCAAGUUGGUUAUUGAGAAUGCGUUGGGGUAUGCGAGGGAGUUGGAGACUAUCGUGUAGCCGGAAGUGCGGUCUCAGUUCAGUGUGGGCGGCACGUUGUGCAUAUCAAACAGUCGAGCCGUGAUGAGGAAUUCAAUGCUAGCGAGAAGGGAAGAAAGGGGGGGGGGGGGGACGGCCAACAGAAGAAAACAAUGGCACUUAGACCAUGAUGACAAUGUAAUAUCAUUAGACAACCAAAUGACGACGCACAUGGCCUGGUCGCGCUGCUUGAUGGUGGUCAUGUACACCCGAUGGCCCAUAUGCAGGCACCGGCCGAGACGACA